AUGCGGCUUGAGGGCUACAACCCCGCCGUUCAACGGCCGCGAUGCCGCUUGCCGCGGCCGUUCGAGGUUCUUCAAUUCGUGCCGCCUCCGCCCUCGCGCUCGCACACCUCGCGCCGCGGCCGCCGACCGCCGCCGCCGCCGCCGCCGCAGCGUUUGAUGUCAACAAGGCUCCUGCCCCGCAUCACCCCGCUCCCGCGCCGCCGCCCCAACCCGAGCUACCCGCCCGUCACCCCGGCCCUCGCGGCCUCGCUCGCGCGCGUCCUCGCCUCCCGCGCCACCGACCCCACCUGGUCCCGCUCCCUCGCCGCGCUCCUCCCGCCCCCGCUCUCCGACGCCCGCCUCGCCGCCGCCGUCUCCUCCCUCACCGACCCCGACCUCGCCCUCGCGCUCCUCUCCUGGUCCCAGUCCCACGCCCACCACCAUCAUGACGCGCCGACCCCGCUCGCACACUCCGCGCUGCUCCGCCUCCUCGCCCGCGCCCGCCGCUUCGACGCGGCGGACGCCACGCUCCGGUCCAUGUCCCCCGCCACGCCCACGCGCGCCUGCCUCGGCGCGCUCGUCGCCGCGUACGCGGACGCCGGGAUGGAAGGGAAGGCCGCCGAGACGUGCGCUCGCGCCAGGGAGAUGCACGGCGCGCUCCCGGAGGCGAGGCACUGCAACCGCCUGCUCAGGCUUCUCGUGGAGCGCCUGCGAUGGGAGGAUGCCCGGAAGCUGUAUGACGAAAUGCUUGCGGAGGAGGGCGGCGCGGAUAACUACAGCACCUGCGUGAUGGUCAGAGGGAUGUGCUUGGAAGGGCGGGUGGAGGAGGGGAUGAAGCUAAUUGAGGCGAGGUGGGGAGCUGAGUGUAUUCCGCACGUCGUGUUCUACAAUGUGUUGAUCGAUGGGUACUGCCAGCGCGGGGACAUUGGGAAGGCAUUGCUGCUGUUGGGCGAUAUGGACACGAAAGGAUUCUUGCCAACUGCGGUGACAUAUGGUUCUAUUGUUAACUGGCUCGGGAGGAAAGGUGAUCUGGAGAAGAUUGGGAGUUUGCUUGGGGAGAUGAGGGUGAGAGGAUUGCCCCCCAAUGUGCAGAUUUAUAACACUGUGGUUGACGCAUUGUGCAAAUGCCAGUCAGCAACGCAGGCAAUGGCUGUUCUGAAGCAACUGUUUGCAAGUGGUUGCGACCCGGAUAUUGUGACAUUUAAUACUUUGAUAUCGGCGUUUUGCCGGGAAGGUGAUGUUCAACAGGCUUUGCAGCUUUUGAGGGAGGCCAUUAGGAGGGAGUUGGAACCAAAUCAAGUUAGCUAUACUCCCUUGAUUCAUGCCUUCUGCAUCAGAGGAGAAGUGAUGGUUGCAUCGGAUUUACUUGUGGAGAUGAUGGGAAGAGGUCAUACUCCAGAUGUGGUUACAUUUGGUUCAUUGAUUCAUGGCCUUGUUGUUGCUGGGCAAGUAAGUGAGGCCUUGAUUGUCCGGGAAAAGAUGGCAGAGAGACGGGUGAUGCCUGAUGCUAACAUAUAUAAUGUACUGAUUAGUGGUUUAUGCAAGAAACGGAUGCUUCCUGCAGCCAAGAACCUUCUCGCAGAGAUGCUCGAGCAAAAUGUGCAACCUGAUAAAUUUGUGUAUACCACUUUGAUUGAUGGUUUCAUUAGGAGUGAGAAUCUCAGUGAUGCGAGAAAAAUAUUUGAAUUCAUGGAAGAAAAAGGUGUCUGCCCUGAUGUUGUUGGUUACAAUGCUAUGGUUAAGGGAUAUUGUAAGUUUGGAAUGAUGAAUGAGGCAAUUAUGUGCAUGAGCAGCAUGAGAAAGGUUGGGUGUAUCCCAGAUGAGUUUACAUAUACUACACUUAUUGAUGGCUAUGCUAAACAAGGUAACAUAAGUGCAGCUCUUAGGUUCUUAUGUGAUAUGAUGAAGCGGAGAUGCAACCCAAAUGUUGUUACGUACUCGUCACUAAUAAGUGGAUACUGCAAGAUAAAUGACAUGGACAGUGCAGAAGAUUUGUUUGAAAAGAUGCAGUCUGAAGGUCUGUCUGCUAAUGUUAUACACUAUACAAUUAUAAUUGGUAGUCUGUUUAAAAAAGAUGAAGUGAUCAAAGCUGCUGCAUACUUUGAAAGCAUGCUGCUGAAUCAUUGCUCUCCUAAUGAAGUCACGUUGCAUUAUCUAGUUAAUGGGCUCACGAAUAGUAUGCCUUGUAUAAUCAACCUAACCUGCAGUAGCACUGUUAAGGUUAAUAACAAGAGAGCCCUUUUAGAUGUAUUCAAGGGAAUGGUUUCUGAUGGAUUAGACCCAAGGAUUUCAGCUCUCAAUGCUAUUAUCUUUAGCCUAUGUAGACAUAAUAUGCUUGAGAAGGCACUGAACUUCAAAGAUGAGAUGGCUAAAAAAGGCUACACGCCGGACCCAGUGACCUUCCUUUCCCUACUCUAUGGCUUUUGUUCUGUUGGAAAACCAAGCAACUGGAGGGUCGUCCUUCCUAAUGAAUUUCAGCAGGAUGAACUCGAGAUAAUCUUUAGGUACAAGACAUUAUUUGAUCAGCAUGUAGUUAAGUCAGUCAGCCUUGAGGUCUAUAGAGUCUUGCAGUUAUGUGCUAAGGAGUUUCAGUUCAUACAACAAGCAGAUUAGAGAUUUGUUUGUUCUUGACUCAUGGAGUCAUGGUUUUCCUGGCUUCUGGAAACAAGGUGUGGCUGCUAUUUGGAAUUUGACUUCAGCAACUGGGUAAUGAGCACAACUCAUGAUCGCUGACAGAGAAUUUCUUCCAGCACUGGAUUUCAAGACUGGCAAUGGUAUUAGCAGGACAAGAUAUCCAGUUGGGAUCUUCUCCUAAAGUGACUGGCAUUGAGAUGUAAAGUCAGAGACUGAUGGAUCCAGAGGUAACUAAGCUUGAGAACAUUGAAAUGUCUUGGUGAAUGAAUUCCGAGCAACUCUAUGAUGCCCUUGGUAAAAAAUCGGUCUGCUUCUUCAUAUCACACAGAACUAGGCACGCAUGACAGUUGAUACUUCCCCAUGUAGUGUAGGACAUCAGCCUAAAUAUAAUCUGUAUAUAGUUGAUGAACAUACUGAGUAACUGACUGUUUAUUAAUACAAAAGGCACUACACAACUGUUCGUCACCUUACCACUAGAAGUAGGAGACAUGUAUCUCAAAUGAUCAAAUGCAGUUCUUUUGAUACAAAACUGUCAAUUGGAAAGGAACCUGAUAGGCAGUUAAACUGAUUUAUACGGUUCUGAGAUUAUUUCUCCGUUGCUGAUAACUUGAAUGUUUAUUGCUGAUCUAAGCAUGUGCACAUUUGCUGCUAUGCUGUAGGGCAGUGGAAUUUUGCUAGGAUUAUUCAGUUGUAGAUGUAAGAUGUGUGCAUUGUUCUCUCCUUGCAAGAGAGAAAUAUGUUCCUUUGUAACUUCUCUUAAGAAGUAAUCAAACAUUCAUUUUA